ACGCGUGUUUUUGCAAACGCUCACCGACGUUGCACCGACAUUUGCGUACAGUAUAUUAAUUGCUCCUGUCGGUGUACAACAUGUUCAGAGCUCCAGUUUCGCGUAGACUGGUGUCUCGACUCUACAAUCACCCAGUACGCAUAACUCGUCGGUCGGCUUCCACCUCGUCUACCUCCAUUUCGUCACCAGUUCGCACCGGCUUGUAUGCUACCGUCUUCACCAUCUCUGCAGGUCUAUUUGCAGUCUACUACUUCGACUCGCGUUCGGCAAUUCACCGUUAUGUUCUCACUCCGGUUUUGCGCUAUGCGCUCGAUCCUGAGACUGGACAUAAGUUCGCCGUAAAGGCGCUGGGAAGUGGAAUUGCGCCUCGAGAUACGCAACCUGAUGAUGCCUGUUUGAAGGCGGAGAUCUGGGGGGAGCAGCUCUCCAAUCCUAUCGGGAUAGCUGCUGGUUUCGAUAAGAAUGGCGAAGCCAUUGACGGCCUCUUCAAUUUGGGCUUCAGCUGGGUAGAAAUCGGAAGUGUCACUCCGAAACCUCAACCCGGCAAUCCCAAACCACGCGUCUUCCAUCUGCCUUCUGACCGCGCGCUGAUCAAUCGAUACGGUUUUCCCUCCGAAGGACACACUCUCGUCAUAAGUCGUCUUAAAGCACGCAUUCCUACCCUCGAGGAGGAAGAUUUCGAGAGGGGUGUCGGUCCGGCAAGCCUGCGAGAAGGCAAACUUCUUGCGGUCAAUCUCGGAAAAAAUAAGAGUUCACCGCCGGAUGCCGUCACGGAUUUCGUCGAAGGUGUGAAGAAGUUCACAGGGUUGGCAGAUGUGCUGGUCGUGAACGUCUCCAGCCCAAAUACGCCUGGUCUGCGUGGCUUACAAACCCGAACGCUACUCCAGGAGCUCCUGACUGAGGUGACCAAGGCUCGUGAUGAGACGAUUGCCCAUCUUCGUUCAUCCCGGACACCAAAGAUUAUUCUGAAGAUUGCUCCAGAUCUAACCGAGUCUGAUGUUCUCGAUAUCGCGGAGGCCGUUCGCACGAGUGGCGUCGACGGCGUUAUAGUCAGCAACACUACGAUUCAACGGCCGCCCAAUCUCAGCCAUCCUAACAAAAGCGAAGUUGGCGGUUUAUCGGGGCCUCCAUUGAAGCCUAUCACGCUCUCGAUUCUCAAAACUCUCCGUUCUAACCUCCCGUCGUCGAUUCCUAUCAUCGGUUGCGGCGGUAUAACGUCCGGUUCAGAUGCCCUCGAAUAUGCCAAAGCAGGCGCCACCUACGUCCAGCUCUACACUGAAUUCGGGUAUGAUGGUGUCGGUACUGCUCGAAGGAUCAAAGAUGAGUUGAAGACGGAGCUUCAGAAAGACGGAACGACGUGGAUGGAUGUCGUCCGACGGAGCGUUCAAGAGAAGAGCUUCAAGGAACAACCGAAGCCAUUACAGCAAGGCGAAGCGACCGUGGAGGUUCUAAUUCAGGAGGCGGAAGAGCUGAAGCUGUUACUUGAUAGUUUCGGAGAGAAAUUACUCUCGGGGGCGGAUUCAGGGGUGUCUGCAGAGACAACCGCUUCUUGAAGACCGUGUGCUGAUGGCACCAGGUCACGAUGUCGUGCGUCUUACAGUUGGUCUCGUUAUAAUCGCGAAGGCGUUCUUGUAAUGGAUGGAUUCAUUCGUUGCGCAAUGAUCCUGUCACCCUCGUUGUUGACAGCGUACUAGACUAAUCUGACAAGCUCUGCAUUUUGUUUAAUGCUAUUCGACACCCUCGAAUAACAUACCUAUCUUUUUUAGGAUACCGUUGCGCAAUACUAAAGAAUAGGAGUGCAAUUAAUCACUCUCAUGGUAUUGGUCCAACACUUGCAGGACCCCCUGUGUACAUCCAUUCCGAACUCACCAUUUUAGUUAUUGAAACGCUGUUGCCAUAGGAGGUUCUCAAGACGUCCAUCUGGUACAAGCAGGCUCUUCAAUACGAGUGUGGAGUGUCUUGCCGCUCGACUCCUGGACGGAUACUGUUGACUUUGAAGCUACCUUUAGCUUGGUUUUCAUUGUGCGAUCGGAACUUUGAAUGACGGGAGCGGUCCUGCCUCUUGCUGAAGUUGUACCCUCAAAUGCGAAAGGUCCGCGAUGAAGGUUGACGGGAUGAUUGUAGACUUCCACUUCGACGUUUGAAAUCCACCAUUCCACUUCUCAUCAUUCCCACAAGAAUCCUUAGCGGAGUCUUCACAUUUUGUUUAUUUUCUUAGUGAGUCCUUUUUCGGAAGCUUUGCGAUCUUCGGUGGCCUAGAACAACAUCGCGGAGGAGCUUUGGCGUAUUUCGACUUCAUUGGACGGUGCUUACUUUACUUACUUGACCAUUUACGACGGUUCACGAAUCAUAUGGCAGCAGUCAGCCCGAGUGUUGCGAGACGUUCAAUCGUCAUUUCUACGGCGAAUGGCUCUUCCGAUGACUUCAUAUUCGCCCUUGAUGCGUCUCACGCCGCACAGGCACCUCGAUAGGACUUCGUCGACAGGAGUUCAUCGCAGAACAUUUCUCGCAUCUGUCGAAUGACUAAACCGCUCGCGCUGGCACUAUGUUUGAAACAGGGUUUUGGCUUUAUCUGGUUGUGUACCUUGGCUUGUGCUGGGCCAGGCACCUUUCUGUAUUCUGCAACUGCGGGAUGUGAGAUUCCAUUGCUAAAUGGG